AUGAGCACUUUACUCGAAACAGCAGAGGCACCGCAGAAGCGCCUUCGCGGACAGCCUCUGAUUUACAGUAGCCCGGGACAUUCAGCGCGGAUAUCAGUGAUAUUUUAUUAUACUUACUUCUAUUUUAUUUACUUUGUUCCGGGGGCUCUGCUGUUUUCUCAGAGGAGCUUUUAUUUUGAAAAACUAGAACCUUUUAAGCUUUUUUUUAUAUUGAUUCAUUUCUCCGGGGGAAGCUGUGUAAGCUCUGAAACUUCAACCUUUAAGCAAAGGAAAAUAGGAAAAACAAACAAACAAAAAAAAAACCCGGACACAGAAUGUUCGGGCUUUGACUCGGGUUAGUUAGGUUAGCUAGUGGAACUCGUUCGCGCACAUACAGCCCAGCGACUAGAAAGUUGCUGAAAACAGAAGAAAAAACGGCCUCAAAAUACGGGAAGCACAGGUGACCGAGGGCUCUCUGUUGUUGGAGAACAUGGAAGCAGCAAAGGCUGGGGGGGUAAUAGCCUACAUCAGCUCGUCGAGCUCAGCCUCCAGCCCAGAGUCGUGCCACAGCGACUGCUCCAACAGCAGCUACCAGUCGUCCUCCCCGCCCCGCGCCAGCUCCCCCGGCCGCCGCGAGGGUCAGCAGGGGGACGCCCCCGCCCACGCCCGGCCGCAGAGCCACGGCUCGGGGAAGACGCGCUCGCCCUCGGCCAACAAGAGUGGCAUCACGAAGAUCAGUGGCCUGGUGCUGCUGUGUAAAGUAUGUGGAGAUGUGGCUUCAGGAUUCCAUUAUGGUGUCCACGCCUGCGAAGGCUGCAAGGGCUUCUUCCGGAGGAGCAUCCAGCAGAACAUCCAGUACAAGAAGUGCCUUAAGAACGAGAACUGCCCCAUCAUGCGCAUCAACAGGAACCGGUGCCAGCAGUGCCGCUUUAAGAAGUGUCUGCUGGUCGGCAUGUCUAGAGAUGCUGUGCGUUUUGGCCGAAUCCCCAAGAGGGAGAAGCAGCGCAUGCUGCUGGAGAUGCAGAGUGCCAUGAACAACAUGAUGAACACCAGCCAGCUCCACAGCCAUCUGCACGGCAACCAGCCGCUGAUGCUUAGCAACAAGACCCCGUCCUCUCUGCCCAAGCCUGCCUCCGAGGACCCGGGCCCUUCCCCCGCCUCCUCCCCCCGAAGCAGCCAGUCCGAGUCCAGCACUGACCCGGAGCCCCUGGUUGCCAUGGACACCAGCCCGAGCUCUGACUCCUCCAGCGCCACAGACAGCGGCGAGGAAGAGGUCGUCGGCACGGUGACCAGGGCCCACCAGGAGACCUUCAUGUAUAACCAGGAGCAGGGCGAGGCCCCCCGCUCCCCCACCGUCGCCGAGCGCAUCAGCAACGACAGCCGCCGCAUGGAGGAGACGCAGGAGGCCUGGAACCACUGCAACAACGUCGCCACGGUAACGGGCCAGCUCCCACCUUCGGACUUCGCUCCUCAGGGUGCCGAAGAAUCCCAGCGAGAGGACCGUUCUCGCAGUCACUGCCCUGUUAGAGUGGUCAACAGCGCCCCCGGUGGUGGCCACUGCCCGGUCAGACUGCCCAGCAGUGACCACUGCUCUGCCUCUGUGAUUGGCCACUCAAUGCAGGGGGGGUGCAAUGCCAAUGAAACACUAGCCAAUGGCAGCUAUAGUGGUCCAGCGUGGAGUGGAGGCAAUAGGAUGCACCUGGUGUGUCCCAUGAACACUUCACCCUAUGUGGACCCUCGUAAGUCAGGCCACACUAUCUGGGAGGAGUUCUCCAUGAGCUUCACUCCGGCCGUCAGGGAGGUGGUGGAGUUUGCCAAGCGCAUUCCGGGCUUCAGGGAGCUCUCCCAGCACGACCAGGUCAGCCUGCUGAAGGCUGGAACGUUUGAGGUGCUGGUGGUGCGCUUUGCAUCCUUGUUCGACAUGAAGGACCGCACGGUGACCUUUCUGAGCGGGCAGAAGUACAGUGUGGAUGUGCUUCGCUCUAUGGGUGCUGGUGAUCUGCUCAACUCCAUGUUCGACUUCAGCGAGAAGCUGAGUGCGCUGCACCUCAGCGAGGAGGAGAUGAGCCUCUUCACCGCCGUCGUGCUCGUGUCUGCAGACCGUUCGGGCCUGGAGAACGUGAACUCCGUGGAAGCUCUCCAGGAGACCCUGAUCCGCGCGCUGCGCAGCCUCAUCACCAAGAACCACCCCAACGAGAUCGCCAUCUUCACCAAGCUGCUGCUCAAGCUGCCUGACCUGCGCUCCCUCAACAACAUGCAUUCGGAGCAGCUCCUGGCCUUCAAGGUCCACCCGUGAGCUCUCGGAAACCUCCUCCUUCUCCUCCUCCUCCUCCCCCUACAUUAACUGUGGACCAUGCUCCCCUCUCGCCUCCAGAAGCUCCAGGCCCCGCCCUUUAGCACCACAACAAAGCCGGGGGCUCAACCAAAGCCCCAUGAGGACUGAGGGGCCGAUACAGAGGCAGGGGGGAGCAGCACCUUGAGUCGUCGUACUGUAAGCUGGAAAGGACUUGUGUGUUGUGAUAAUGUGCGCAGACUGAAACUGGGGCUUCGAACUGACGAGCAGUCGUCAGGUUUAGGUCAGGGGGCUGCGCUCUUUUUCCUCUUUUGGAGGCACCUACCUAGAGUCAUACUGUUUAACUGUUUGUGCAAUAUGUGACCAAUGUUGAUUGUUCUUUUUUUUUUUUUUCUUUUGGUCUUUUUAUGGUUUCAGAGUCUGUGGACGUAGGCACCAGGCGACAGCGUGCGCUGCCUGACAGAAACCUUUACAUUUUUUUUUUAUUUAGAGGAGGGCGGCGGCAGGAUAUCUCCAUCCCUCCUCACUUAAGCUAAAUAAAGGUAAAGGAAAGCUAGCAAGAGGAGCUUGGUUUGAACUCCUCUCUAAUAUAAAAAACAACUAAGUACCAGAGGAAUGUGGAAGAAGCUGCUAAUCAAAGCUUUCCAGCGUGACGGUGCUGCGCCCCUCUCUUCGAGCGCGGAAAGAGACGAGAACAUUUUAACGGCUCAGAGUAUAAAUAUAUAUAUAUAUAUAUACAUGCAUAUAUAUAUUCAGAAUGAUUGUUUUCCCUCUUAAUAAUUUUAGCUGAGAAAAGGAGGACACUCUUAAUUUUUAGUUUAGUAUAAUGGUGCAGCUGUGUCUUUGUUUUGUGAGUAGUAGGGCUGUAUUUGGUAGUAACGGUCUGGCAGUGCUUCUACUGAUUUAGAGAUGAACUUGAGUAGGAGCUUUGCAUGCACUGCCCACCAUUUACUGACAAGACCCAUUUAAAACAUUUCUGGAAAAAAAAAAAUACGGAAAAAAGUAUGAUUUCAAAAUGAUACCCGACGGUAUCGGCUUGUAAGAGCGGUACUUAUCGAUGCUGAUAAUACUAGAUUCUUGUCUCUUUUGGUGUGGGGUUGAUUAUCUACAGAAAAGGGGGGCAGCAGUCCUCUCCGGACGGCGUGAUUUCAUAGUGAUUUCAGUCCGUCACGCUCACUGCAUGUCCGGACCUACUUCAGUUUUGCUGUUUUGUUUUUCUUUUUUCUUCUUCUUCUUCUUCUUCUGGUCAAGUCUGUUCAAUGAGAGUCCUUGUAGAGUUGUUUUUUUUCUUUUCUUUUGAUCAGCAGCGCAAUCAGUAAAGUGUGUUACACACGAGCAUAUCACAAGGCAGACAGAGAGGGAGCUCCGAGCCACCGCAGACUGACAGGAGCGUGCUGUAUUAGGGCUGGCCCGUAUGGCAUUUCACAGGCUUUGAAUACUUGUUGGUAUUUCCGAAUACUCGUUCUUGAAAUCCCCCCUAAACUACAGUAUUUACUUUUUAUAAUUAACCACAAUUGAAAGUAUGUUGAUUACUGUAGUUCAGAGUGUACCCAGUAGGGGGCGCAUUAAUAGUGUUUACCAGUGUGGUGAAAACAGUUGACGCAAGUUGCAGGGUCAGCUUCUCACGACUGUAAAUGAAAACGAAAUAUGCUGACGUCGUACCGACAUUUGCUGCAUGUUAUUGUACUUUAAUGCCGAAUUCACACUAGAGUCACAUUUAAGUGUCGCGCCCAGCCCAUUCCGAUUUAGCUGUGGUCAUGUAAACACUUCAGGUGGGAAUAUCAGCUUUUAUUUUAUAACAAAACAGGUUUGUAACACAGUUAACACUUGAAUAUAUACAGCGCAAACAGCAGAUCUGUUUUUUUCCAAUGAAAUCACAAGUUUUAGGCCAAAAAAGCCUCACUGACUGUAGUCUUCACAUCGUUAGUACAGCGCAGGAGCUGCUUGGCAGCUACUGGGCCAGCAAGUCACAUUUUAGUAUAUUUUUUUUACGCACAAACAUAAAAAACAGGCUCUGCAUGUAAGAAAGUUACUUCAUGUAGAGUAGAAAACUCAUGCAGUAUUAUUCCUGUUAGCGCUAGCAUUAGCUCAUUCACUGAUUUAACCUGCGUUGGUGUAGCGCCCAGCCUACUCCCACUUAGCUCUGCCACAUAAACAUUUCAGGUGGGAAUAGCAGCUUUUAUUUUAUAAUAAAACAGGUUUGUAACAAGGUUAACACUCGACAGAUCUGUUUUUCUGUGAUGAAAUCACACGUUUUAGGCCGAAAAGCCUCACUGUAACAGGAGUCUUCACGCCGUUAGUACAGCACAGGAGCUGCUUGUCGACUAUUAGGCCAGCAAGUCAUCACAUUUUUAGUCAAUUAUUAUUUUUAAUAUAGUUAAGGGCGCUACAGAAAGUGGGAGAAUGUGAUUUGACUGGAUCUCUAUGGAGUUUACGCUUCCAUUUUUUACGCACAAACAUAAAACACAGCAUGUAGGAAAGUUAUUUUAUGAAGAGGAUGACACUCAUGCAGUAUUAUUCCUGUUAGCGCUAGCAUUAGCUCAUUAGCUCAUUUACUGGCUGAACGACUUCCCCUAAGACUAGAGCAGUUUGCGUUCUCAGUGGCUGCUGUUCAGAAUGUAAAGUAGCUAAAGAAAUAAACCGAGUGCUCUAUUUUGGCUCAGUGUCAGAGCCAAGUUCUUUAUAGGAUGAUAUCACUAGAUAUUUGCAGUUUGCAUCACCUCACGAAAUGGCUGUGGGCGAGGCUGGACUGGAAGAUUGGCGAUGAAAAAAUAGAUGCAGUUAGCAAGCUAGCUAAUUUGCUAACUGACUUGUGUGCAGCUGCAUAUAGCCAACAAGCUAAAUUUUGAGUGAAGUUACGCUGGCGAAUGCAUGACUGAGUCUUAAUUGUCAAAUUUUGACAGCGUCAACUAUUUUCAUUACACCAAAUGGGUAAAGAGACUCAGAUGAAGAUCGCUAUAUUUUCCUAUUUGAGAUCAUUACAUGGUACACCAGCCCCUUAUCACAGUAUUUUCUCAUAGUGCUCUAAUGUGUGAUCCCUGAGGCAUCUUUACUCUGUUAGCUUCAAUGGCUGUGCAGAAAGGGGCAGCUGAUUGCACUCUACUGAUUUUCCAUAUAUUUACAAGCACUAAAUCUUACGGCUGUUGCGAAGGAAAUAGGUUUGAGCUACAGUUUGCGGCUUGAAAGUUUUCACGAAGGCUGAAUAGAGAAAUACCGACAUAACAAAUGAAUGCUGUUAGAAUUACUUGGGCCAGCCCUAUGCAAUACGCCAGACUUUUUUUUUUUUCUUUCAAAAUUUGCUUUCUUUUUACUUUUGAACAGCAGAAAUCUGUGUGGGAUCCUCGAAAGACUGUAAUUUGACUACUAGUUUGACUGACCUGUCUCGUAGUGAUUGUAGUAUUAAUCCAGAAUGGAUUGUAAUUACAGUGAGGAGGACGAAGGUGGUAUGAAUUGUAGUAUUUUGAGAUAUCAGUGUUGAUUUCGAUCUAAAAUCUCACAGAUUUCCUCCCCGACAGUCCCUCGGCUCCCUCUCUCUCUCAGUAUCCACCCUGAGUUUCUGUCAGCGUGAGCACUGUAUUGCCAAAACUCUGGUCUUUAUUGGUUUUCCUUUGUGAAAGCAUUGCAAAAUACUUAGAUUUCUAUGUGUAUCAUAUAUAUAUAUAAAGGAUAUAAAUAUAUAUAUAAAUAAUAUACAUAUUACAUAUAAAAUAAAAAACCUAAAUGAAGAACUCUUCUUUCUGAGGUGUUCUCUCCAUCACUUAAUCAACAAACACAUCAUAAAUUAUGUCCGACACACAUGAAAAACACAGUUCUGGUCAAGGUGCUGCCUUUCUUUGCCUUACGGCAGCUGAGCAGAUGAUCCUGGGUGCUAAACUUGAUUCAGAGCAUCUCUCUAUUCACUCCACUCCACUUUUCUGAGAUCUAGUUUUGGGCAGAAGACAAAUAAAGGAUGCAAAGCGGGAGUUCUCGGCCUUGUCCCCGUCGUGCCUCGUCCAGGCUGGUGGCAGAUGGCAGCCCGGAGGCCUGUGAAUGAGUCAGGCUCUCAGAACAGCAGGGGUGUCCCCAUUUCCACUGGUCCAGUUUGCCUUUUUCUAUUAAUGGGCCCAUAUCACACUUCUUCCUUGCAUUUUAUUUGUUUCCCGUAAAGGUCUGCGUGUGAUCUUGGUGGGAUUUUAUGCACCACAUCAUGUUCAUUUUCUCUAUAAAUUAGAAUAAACUGGCUGUUCUUGUUA